CUCCUCAGAUGUGAUGCUGAGUCUGUCUCUCUGAGUCUGUCUCUCUGACUCUGUGUCUUUGUCUCCUCAGAUGUGAUGCUGAGUCUGUCUGGUUGUUACUCGUCUCUGUUUGAUGGUUUGAACGCUGAGGUUCAGAUUCGUUGGCUUCAGAUGGUCGUGAGGAACACGUUCCAUCCCGACGUCCCACAAGUCCGAGCCUUUCUGAACAAACACACGUCCAGGAUGUACACGGUGCCGCUGUACGAGGACCUGGUUGCUGGGGUGUUGAAGUGCGUUGCUGUGGAGAUUUUCUACCAGACUCAGCGCCGCCUUCAUCCAAACCUUCGACGAACAUUGCAGCAGAUACUCUUCCAGACUAGCUCCGCCCCAACCAAUCAAAACGGCUUGCCUCUCUCUGUCAUAUCCCCCUCCUCACCACCGCCGCAGCCCGGUGCCACGGCAACCGCCUCUGCUGCUCCUGCUGGGACAACGGCCGCCAUCGCUCUGAGGGACGUCAAUGUGUCGGCAUGACGAUAGUCAUGUGAUAGAAUUCUGGCUGUGACUGGUCAGGUGAAUGAUGAGAGAUGUUGUUAUGACAACAGCGGAGUGCUACAGACACUGACAUCACUACAGGAAGUACACUCCAUAGUUUGAAUGUCAGGGACUUUGAGGGGUCAGAGGUCAUGGUGUGGACUUGCUGUGACCUCAUGUGAUUGGACAAAGAAAUUGGUUGAAGUGAAGAUGACCUCACGACUCCGAGGGUGCAUUUCACAGACAAACUUCCAAUCACAGCUUCACUUUGAUGCUUCAGUGACCGUUAACACUUGAAUUGAUUCAGGGGAGGAGUCAUUGUGUGGCAUCACCUGAGCGGCCUUAACGCUGCGUUCACUGCAGCCGUCCAAUCACCAGCACCUUCAGAUUCACUGUGAGAGGAAACAAAACAUUUCAAAUCACUAAUCAAUACUUUACUUUUUACACUGAAGCAGAAACGUCUCCUGAUUGAUCGUUUGAUUUUAAAUAAAAUAAAAAACACUUGAUACAAUAAGAUGUUUUUU